GAGCCGACUGCGGCCGCGUACGGUUCGGCUUUUUGUUCUGUCGCUGCUUCCUUCCUGUGGCCGUUUCGUGUGGACAGUGCGCUUGUGUGUUAGUGAGUCUGUGUUUACUAGUGCAUCAAUCAUUGCGGGAUCAAGUUUCGUUCGAGCGAGAAAGAGAUGCAAGCAGUGCAAUACCGAGUUUUUGUGUUAUUAAUCAUGUAACUUUAGUGUAUAACAAAGUGUAACAUACCGCACCCCUGCCAUUUAAUUUAGUCAUAAAAACCGUGCAACCACAAGCAAGAAAGCGAGCAUUUAUUAAGUGAUUUCAACUGAUAGUCUAAACCUUCUCAACAUUACGCAUUACGUGAGUCAAUUUUUGAUGUCUAAUCAAUUUUGUCUGAUCGACAAAACACGGCUGCGAAGCGCACAACGAGUUAACAACUCGCGGAUGUGUUAGUGUGACCAGUAGCAAUGUAUUCGAGCUUGUGCAAUUCUGUGCGGCCGCAGUGCUAGUUGGUAUAGCGCGUUUCCAGCACACCCAAUACGUAUGCUCUUGCCCUCUGAGCAACAGUGCACCCCCAGCAAUUGGAUUAUCGAGCUGACAACGCCUACUUAGUUUGGAUACGCAACACUGCACAAUAGCCUAUUGUGUAAUCGCUACAAAGCAGAUAACAACAGAAUGAGCGAAUCUUCGGUUACGCCGGUUCCCGUUCCGCGACCUCGCCAAAGAAACAAUAACAACAAUGAUGGAACCACAGACAAAAUCAACAACAACACCACCAGCGACAAGCAUGACGUAACAGAUGGAGCUGCCCCCAAAAUCUACCCCUCGAUCUAUCCGAAGUUAGAUUACGAAAACAUCGAAAUCAUCCACGAAACUCCUCCGAAAACACCGAAAAUCCCGGACGUUAGCCCUCGACCGACGCCGGUUCCGGCGCCACGUCGAACCCGACUCACAGUUUACGAGGACGACGAAGGGGGAAACAACCGGGCGACGGUCUAUCAGAACGUUUCUCCUUUUCCGAAGAAACCUCCACCGGUUCCACCGCCACCGACUUUAAGCCCCGGUGUUACGACCGUGCAUAAUAAUUUACGUGACAACUCGAGUUCAAGUUCUCCUGGCACAAGUGCGGGUCGAUUCAGCUUCGACGGAGAUCGACUGCCCGGUGUGGACCGAUCCGAAUCGGAUGGCGCUUCCAUCGGGAGUGGUGAUAGUGGGCGAAAAUAUAAAACUUCCUCCCCGGGUCAACUGUUCAAAUCGAUUGGCAUAACCUCGAAGCUACUGACCGAAUCGAUCUCCGAGCGGGUGACACACAAAACGAAAAAAACACAUAAAAACCUGAAAACUUCCUUCAACAAUUGGAGCUCCGAGGCGGGCAGCCGGCUGAAGACGGUGAGCAAAUCGAUCAACAGCAUCGCCGAGGACAAACUGUCUCUGUCGCUGACGCGGAACAAGAGCUCGAAAACGAAGCGAAGCAACAGUACCGGGGAUGGUGAGGAUGGUGAUUUUCUCGAGCGAAGACAAACGGCUCCUCCGGAGAACAGCGAUCUCAUGCGAAACAUUCAGUUUAACAGUCCGUUGAAUAAUAAGAUUAACAAGCGGGAGGACCUGACGAAGGGCUCCUCGUCGUCGUCUACGUACGAUAUUCCUAAAAGUGCCAAACGAACGAAUUACGGCGAACCGCCGCCUUACGAAGAAUCCUUUAAGUCGAAUAGUAAUGCCAGUUUGGCUUCCGCAUCGUCUUCCUCCACGAAUCCGCCUAUGGCGGGGACUUUCUCCCGGUCCUCGGCUUUAAGUCAAAGUCUCUACAGUAAGGUUAUUCCCAAGAAAGAAAGGAAAAAUGAUAUGGACAUUCCCUCGCCAUCCCCCUUACGGCAUAAAACCAAGAGCGAGUCGAACCUUUCCAAAUUCUACAUAGAUUCGGUGCGUGAAAUCGACGUAAAUAGCAGCUCGGAAAGUAUCCCUCCCCCAACGACGCCGGCUCCGGUUCUGCGAACGGAGGCUUCAGCCUCCACCAAAAGUGAAAACCCCUACGGCAAGCUAAACAUCGUAAAGCGACCCGUUUCGAGCAGUUCCUCUGAGGAGGAUAACAACUUGCCCGAGCUGCUGAAGCGUAUCCAGAUUCGAAAAAAGGCCACCAACUACGAUGAGAUCGCCGUGGGCGAUUCAUCCGCUCCGGACUCCCGUCGAGCCACCUGCAACUCGGUGAAUCGCAUUUUUUCCCGCCGGUCGUCCUCGCUUGAUGAAAUUCGAAACAAUCUAAACCUACGCUCAAACUCGUGGAAUUUUUACGACGUCAACAGCCGAGAGGACGACAACGACGAAGAAGACGACUCGGAUUCUCACAUCAGCACUCCGGAACCGACCUACGUCAACGACGGUCAUAUCUACGGCCAAAUCUGCGAAAUGGACAUCUCCCUCCUGCAGCCGGAACCCUUGAGUGCUCGGCCAGUGCGGCACGACUACGAUGAGGUUUCGAUUUCGGAUAUUAUAGACGAGUUCGACCCGCUUAACCAACGUCGCUCGUUGGUGGUUCUUUUGGAGAAAUCGAACGAACUGUCACUGAUCGAGAACAUCCUCGGAGCGGAGUCUUACAGUACUGUAGAGGACACUCUCAAAGGGCUGCCCAAACCUCCGAAGCGCUCCGAUUCACUGCUAGAAUCUUCAACCCAGCAACACGAGCCUCCGAACAAAGAGACCCCUCCGAUUCCCCAGCGCAAGCGCAAAACCAAGAGCCCUCGCCAAACGAUGAUCAUUCACCAAAACCUGGCUUUACCCUCGGAUAGUGUGGAAAAUUUGGUUGAUGAAGCGGCAAUCGAACCGUACCUCUCCGUCGUAGAAGAACCAAGCACCAGCCAAGAUCCGGUUGACCUCAGCUAUCCAUCUGGCAGCCAAGCCGGUGGUCCACAAACAAGUUGGUUCGUGUCGGAUGUUGCCGGAUCCUCCACCACGGAACCGGACAAAUUCCAUAAAAACUCCAAGGUAGAUCCGGUAAACCAAUCCAACAACAAACCGGUGGAAAAAGCCCACAAAGAACUCCCCUCGGAGCUGAGCGGUAUCGACGAAGACGAUACGUAUCUACCCUCCUACAUGGAAGCGAUCGGUGCGAACGAAUCGUUACCGGAUCCUUUCCCGCCAUCGGCGGGACCUUCAAGCAAACCAAGCGUUAAAUCGAAACUUUUCAACGCGCUCAAGCGCAAGUCCAGUUUCAAGGCCAAAAACGAAGUACGAACCGUGCUGGAAAUGGUACCGAAACCACUGCUCACGGAACGCUUCAUCAGCCAUCAUGGUCAUCUGUUGAAGCUACCCUCCGGCAUGAUCGGCGACGUUUUCAACGAGCUAACGCCGCGCUCAGUGGUGCUGAAGGAAAAGAUCAUUCAAACCUAUCAGGAUCCGCAGAAAACCCAGCCGAAGGAGACGCUCCAUCUGAAGUUUAUACUCAGCUUGCAGUGCGUAGUGCAGCAUAAGUUCAACAACGAAGGGCUAGAUUUGCACUGCUUCGAGGUGGUGCUGGCGUUGCCAAAAAAGGAAGGAGGCACGACGUCCAACCAACAGUUGAUAACGAACCCGAACCUGGUGAUAACCAGCACCAACAGUGGUAACGUGAAAACUCUCCGCCAAUCGUAUAUGUUCGGUGUUCAUAAGCGUUCCGAUCGCAACGUGUGGAUGGGGAAAAUCUUGCAAUCCGUUACGGAUGUCUUUCCCGAGGGUUGCCUGGCAGAAUUCGCCCGAGCAGGUUGGUGCUACAUGAAGAAGUCGGUGUCGUCCAGCUGGAGCGGAGCAUGGCUUCUGUUGGCGAAGCGGAAACUGUUCUUUUUCAACUAUCAGGAUCAGCGACUCGAGCAACUAGAUUUACGAAAGGCGCGUUGCAUCGGAGCAAUCGAGUCGGACGAGUCGAUACGAAAUCUACACAUCGAAGCGGGACCUUCACUGUUCAUCGAUUGUCCCCCGUACACUACACUGUAUUUCGUCAUGAGUUCCCCGCGGGAAACGCAAAUUUGGAGAAAGAUUAUCAAGGAUAUGGCACAUAAGAACGGCACCAGUUUGCACAGCCAGCAGCUGACGAAGAACGACGUACCGGUGCUGAUCGAUAAGUGUGUCAAUUUCAUCUACGCUCACGGGUCCAUGUCGGAGGGCAUCUACCGGAAGUCAGGCUCCACCAAUCAGAUUAACAAAAUACUCCAAUUGUUCAACGAGGACGCUUUUGCGGUCCAGCUCACCCGGACGGAGUACAACGAGUACGACGUGGCGGGAGUUUUGAAGAAAUUCAUCCGCGACAUUCCAAACUCCUUCUUCGGGAACUACGCGGUCAGUUUCGUCAGUAUUACCAGUCUGAAAUCGGCGAAAGAUAAGAUCGAUUCUUAUCGGGAGUUACUCUCGCGGCUGCCCAAGGUAGAGCACCACACGUUGAAGAAGUUAAUUGGCCAUUUGAAUUUUAUCGCCUCGCUAGAGCUGCACAACAAGAUGGGAAUUCCGAACCUGGCGAUGAUCUGGGGCUCGACGUUGAUGGCCAACUCGAGCCAAAAUGUGGAAGCCGAGCAGUACAGCUACUCGCAGGACGAGGCGGACGUGGUGGCCGAUCUGAUCAAGCUGUACAAGAAUCUGUUCACCAUCACGCCGGAGGAGGUCCAGCGGGAUCAGCUGAUGCUGAAGGUUCUGCAAAAGUAUCAUGCCGCCGCGGAGAACCUGUCCGAUUCGGUGAAGCAUUCGGGUGAUCUGAAGGUGUGGAUUACGAUUGAGUGCGAGGGUGAUGGCACGGGGAAUGAUGAGAGCGGUGGCGGCGGUGGUACGCAGAUCGAGCGUGAGGAGGAAAAGACGCAGGUUAAUGUGACGAUAACGCCGACCAAGACGGCGUCCGAUAUCUGCAAGGAGCUGGCGGCGAAAGCCGGCUCUCAAUGGUACCGAUUGACGCUAUACGAAGUGAUCGGUGGGGGAUCGCUGAUACGGCCGGUUCACUAUAGUGAGCGUGCGUUGGAGAUUGUUUUGAGAUGGACCUACUGGGACGAGGCGGACCGUAAGACGAACUACUUGUCAAUCAGACCGACAAGCACCCUGAACGAUGUAUACCGGCACAUUCAGAAGGCCCCCGUCCUAACUCCAACAACAGAGCUCAAGUUUGCCGAUCGGCGCACGAAAACCCUCCGCAGUUAUAAACUGCAGUUAAUCGGACGGGAAAUUGUGGUACUGAAGCGGGCCGACAAAAAGGACAAAAGCACCUACGAGGAGAUGAUGAAGAUCCACCUUGGCCGAGUGCAUGCAUAUCUCGGCCGGGAGACCAAACGUGACCAAUCGCGGCUCCGGUGGGCGAUCACGUUGGUGGAGCAUGACUUCAAGAAAAGAACGCGAGAUGCGCCCUUUAUAGGUCAUCUCCUUGGAGGAGUAGAUUUCAGUGAUCAAAUCCUGUGGUAUUCCAGCAUUUUGUACAGCCUCCACAAGGAUGACAUUUUGCCAAGCAGCGACCUAUUUUUCUAGGGUAGAAGCGCACCCCCACCGGGGGUACGUAGAAGCAGCCAAUAGAUAGCCAAUAUUUACGAAACGUAUUGCGUAUGAUUAUAAGCAAAGUAUUCUCUUAGCCACAAUUACCAGAAUAAACUUUCCGUUUGGGGACCUUUUUCUUCAAAAAGGUCGCU